UUCGUGGGUGGCCGACCUGCCGCUUGAUCGACCAAUGACUACUACCAUGUAACGUUAGACUUUAUGGCGUAGGUGUGAAAUGGUCAAUGGCCAUCUGGUACCUAUUAAACUCGAGGACGGGGGCUUCGGAGAUUUCUGUUAGCUGCAUGGAACAAAACACCCUGCAUCUGGAGUGCGUCUCCCAGGAGCGGCAUAGCAGAGAAUCCCGACUUUCUCCAAAGACCCCCUCCACUUCCUGACAGAUCAGCUUCUUCCCACGUAUUUCUCCAAUUUUACCAGUUAUUCUAUAGCAAAAUGGUGGCAUACCCUACUACUGAAGGUGAAAUCGCCGUCGAUAUCUCGGAAGCUGGAAAACCAUGCAAGACGUGGUACAAGAUUGUCGGGGAUCUCAACGCGGCCAAGGAGUCGCCUGUCGUCGCACUACACGGCGGCCCGGGGUCGGGGCAUGAUUCCAUGCUCGCGCUGACAGAGCUGUAUGAGAAAUGGGGUCUUCCCAUCAUUUUCUACGAUCAAAUAGGCUGCGGUCGCUCGACCCACCUUCGUGAGAAGACGGGCGACGAGGAGUUUUGGACAUUUGACCUCUUCAUCCGUGAGCUCGACAACCUCGUAGAUCAUCUCAACUUACGUGCCAAAGGCUUCCACAUCAUCGGCCAGAGCUUCGGCGGGAUGUUGGCCGGUGCAUACGCCUCCAGGCAACCUGUCGGGCUCAAGAAGAUAGUCUUGUCCAGCGCGCCCGCUAGCAUGCCUCUUUACAAAGAAUCCUGCAAGAAGCGCCUAGCUGAACUUUCACCCAGCGUCCGUGAGAUCCUCGAAAAUACCGAGGCCGACCACGCUAGCCCGGGGUUCAAAAAUGCCGCGGAGGUCUUCAUGAAGACCUUUGUGAUCCGUCUAGACCCAGUUCCCGACCCCGUUCAACGCGCAUGGAAGAAUAUAAAAGAGAAUCCUGCUGCCUAUUCGACUAUGCAAGGUGACUCCGAGUUUGACACAGUCGGUACCAUGAAGACCUGGGAAGGUUGGAAAGACGCAGAUAAGAUUCAGGCGGAGACGCUACUGUUAAACGGGGGGUAUGAUGAAGUCAUGGACUUUGUUGUCGAACCAUGGUUCAGAAUGAUUAAGAAAGCCAAGUGGGUGACGCUGCAGAAAGCAAGUCACACGCUGAUGUGGGAGGACACGCCGCGAUACAUACAACUUUGCGGUGACUUCUUGUCUGAGAACCGGAGAGUCUAGAAGGCUGUCGGGACAUGUUGAGGUUAAUGGGGUGCGAGAUUGUGGACAAAUUCCAACAUCGUCUGCUGUGAAAAUCUGCUAUGGGGUUCAUUUUCAAGGUGAUAUUCGUGCUCAUGCAUUUGUAGGACUUUUAGUCAUAGAGAGUUCCUCGCACGAAAAAUUCCGGUUUUACGGUAAUACUAAUCUAUUACGGCAGCCGUGUUUGUCCAUGCCUCGAAUUACCCUUUGACCGCUGGAGAAGUUCCCA